AUGAAGAGCAAGAAAACUGUGCACGGAUCAUCAUGCAAGAAGGGCAAGUUGUUUGGCAGCCUAAUUGGUAGACAUGGUUCUGAAAUAGAUCCAUGUUAUAGACUUUUCCUUGAACAUUUAAGCAAAGAUGGGAAUGCCUAUGUCCUUGAUGUGCCAAAGGGCGACCACGGCUUGCCCUUUUCUGUACGGUAUGAGGAGGAUCAUACGUCCUAUGGAAAUACUAAGGGCAAAAGUAGCCCAAAUUUUCCCAACCAUUCACGGCGCACAAGUUCGGGCAUUCCAGAUGGCAAACGGCCUGAUGUGAAAGCGGUCAAGGCUGCCAGCAGAAAUGUGAAUUGCUCCUUUUCACCAAAGAGAUCAUAUGAGAAGAAGAAGACCACGGCCUCAUCGGUAGAUGAAUCUUAUGAGUUAUUUCUGAGCCUUGUGAAGUUCAAGGAUGGUUUCAUGGUUAUUGAGCCAGAACCUGGUGUCACCAUUGUAUAUGAGCGAGAAGAAGAUAUGCCAGCUGGAUAUGAUGAAUGGAGAACUGGCAGUUCCACAAAUGAACUGCCUUUGGUGUCUCCACUUGAAAACAUGGAGGAAGACUACACCAUGCAAAGAUAUGAUUAUGGGCUUGCACCCGCUAACGAAAUUGCUUCUGAACAUGAAAUGGCUGCACCUUCUUCAGAGAACAUUGAUGGUCAGGAUAUUAUUUGCACAGAUGAGCGUGGCCUCGUACUUUAUGCUGAACCAUCUGAUUUAAAUGCAUGUGAAGAUGAACAAGCAACACCUCUUGCUAUCAGUUACGGUGGUUCAUCUACAUUUGAUGAAAAACUCAAUGCUGUUUUAAGUCAACCAUAUGAUCAAAACGAAUACGAAGAGCUUUGGAGAAAAGCCACUGACCGGAAGCCUGUGAGCAGACAAAGACACUUGCGAAGUGCAUCAAAGCGCUAUGUUACAGAGGCAAUCGGGCUGUCAUAUCUCGAUUAUUACCCAGAACUUGUAUUUUAUGAAUUGAUAUCUGGCAUGAUAUCAAUUGAAGAUUGCAUUUUAGUAGUUCUCGAGUAA